UCCUCCUCCAACACUCCACGCUACAACUACUGACCAAAAGUUCCAGUUCCUGCUAGUUACUUCAAUCUGGACACCAGUACGUCAGCAUUUGUCCCUAUAGUCGACACCAGAGGCUAUAGGGUCUCCCGCGAUGAGACAUGGAGCUAUCCGGGUCUCACAGCUGCUGCGCCUGAAGCAUGGACAUGGACUUACUGGCAGGGCAAACCCGCGAUUACUACUAGUACCCUCGAACGGCAAGGGGAGACAUCCAAACGUCUACUCUCCCCUCUUCAGCCAUGGACGCAUGCACCAGUUAUGCGCAGAAUACAGCGCAAAGGCUGAAGAGCCGGCCGAUGCGGUGACCGAGACCGCGACCCAACCGCCGCAGGCUGAGCCGGCAACGAGGCCAGCCCUCCCGGCUCGGCAGUGGUCGACGCCGCUUGCGAAGACCAUUGCCCAGGCGAUUGAGGUUACCGGACCGAUAUCCAUCGCCUCAUAUAUGCGCCAAUGCCUAACGAAUCCGGACGGCGGAUACUAUACGAGUAGUCAGCAGACGUCUGACGAGGACGCAGACCAGUUCGGCCGCGCAGGAGAUUUCAUCACGUCGCCUGAGAUCUCACAAAUCUUCGGCGAAUUGGUGGGAAUCUGGUUCAUGACAGAAUGGAUGGCCCAAGGUCGACCGAGACAAGGAGUCCAGUUUAUCGAGAUGGGUCCCGGUCGAGGCACUUUGAUGAGUGAUAUUUUGAGGACGGUGGGACAAUUCAAAACUUUUGCACAGGCCGUCGAAGCCGUCUGGCUCGUCGAGGCUGGAGAGGGCCUGCGUCUGAAACAGAAAGACUUGCUCUGCGGCCCCGGUGCAGAGAUGAAGGAAGUCCGAGACGAUACUGGCAAGAAUGUGUGGUGGGAGGCGACUAGCAAACAAGGCAUUCCUGUUCGAUGGGUGGAAGACAUUGCUUUGUUACCGAGACCGAACCCGAAGCAUCAGGACGGCAGUAUGCCUUUCAUCAUUGCCCACGAGUUCUUUGAUGCGCUUCCCAUCCAUGCUUUUGAGUCUGUGCAACCGAAACCGGAAGAAAGUCAACAAGAAGAGGCGAAAGCGCAGUUACUCAGAGAGGCCGGCCAGCAGCCUUUGCCUGCAUCGAAGCCAUCCUCGUCCGCUUCUACAGCGAGGAGCGAAAAGAACCUUCCUCAAUGGCGAGAAUUACUCGUGGCUCCUUCAACGCGGUCCGACAAAUUUUCCAUCCUGACUGCCGCCGAAAUGGAGAGGGAAGACUCUCACAGAAAAAAAGAACCCGAGCCUGAUUUCCAACUGACGCUCGCAAAGGCAAGCACGCCCAGCUCACUAGUGAUACCCGCACGACCGCGCUAUCGCGCCCUCAAGAACCAAGUAGGUUCCCGCAUCGAAGUGUCGCCCGAGAGUUCACGCUACGUCCAGGAGUUUGCACGCCGUAUCGGUGGGGACGUCAGCAGCAGCAGCAGCAACACCGCCUCAUCAUCAUCAGCCACAGCCAACACGGUGACGAGCAGCGCUCGACAACCAGCAGCCGGAGCCGCCCUGAUCAUCGACUAUGGCCCACUGGACACCGUCCCCGUCAACUCUCUCCGCGCGAUUCGGAAACAUAAAAUCAUUUCGCCGUUCGUCUAUGCCGGCGAUGCCGAUAUUAGUGCCGACGUCGACUUUGAGGCCCUGGCCGAUGCCGCGUUGGAAGCUAGUCCCGGCGUCGAAGUCCAUGGACCUGUUGAGCAGGGCGCAUGGCUGACUCAGCUUGGUAUUAAGGAGCGUGCGGACCGGCUGUUGCGAGAAUUGCGGAAGAAAAAGCAUAUGUCAACGCCGUCAGGACAAGCAUCGCUACAGCAAGGAGAUCGGCCGUCUGGGUCUUCAGACGCCGCAGCCGCCGUAGGAGACAAGGAAGAGGAAGAAUUAGACCGAAAAAUCCGUGAAUUCGACAUGGGCUGGAGACGACUCGUCGAGGGCGGGCCCAAGGGCAUGGGCAAGGCGUAUAAAGUCAUGGCCAUCCUUCCUGAAAACGGAGGACAAAGGAGGCCCGUGGGGUUCGGAGGAGGCGUCGUCGGAUGAGUGAAGCAACUCAAUCGCAACGCUUGAUGUAGAUGUAACAGGACUGGGAGCUGCCAAACGUGUAAUACAAACUUGACUUUUCCUCAUUG